AUGGCAUCGAUAGAAUUGCUGUCAGCUCUAACAGUGCCAAAACUGAAGGAAAAAUGCCGUGAGCUAGGGCUACCUGUUGGGGGAAAGAAGGCAGACUUGAUCACGCGGAUACAAAAUAAAUUAUCAGAUACCAGUGAAGUUGUCGCUCCGCCAGACGCAUCCUUAUCUAAACCAGCUCCGAGCACAUCCAUCGAAUCCACUAAGCCAGCGGCGCGUACGAAGGGUUCAAUAAAAAGAAAACUAUCUCUAGAAAGUCUCGCUUGCACACCAAGUAAGAAGGCUUCAGGGAAUAAGAAACAAAGACCAUUAAAGGAUGUGGAGGUAGCAGAUAAUGCUCCACCUACCCCGCCACCAGCAACCGCAACAGCACCAGCAGUGAGCACUUCUAAGAGUAAUCCUCAAAUUGCAGCGCUUCUGAAUUCUCGCGAAGACAGCGCUCGAGAAGGGUCGAAAACCACCGGAACAGCUAAGGCAAUUCCGCCUACUACCAAUCCUAUUAUCAGCUUGGGCGGAAAUCCUAGCCCGUGGAACAGAACACUAUCUUCUACACACGAUAAAGUCACCACUGGGCAGCCGAAAGAUAGCCAUAACCAACUGGAAAUCAAUAGUAGCAAACCCAAUCGGGGGAGCUUACAUACCGCUACACUUAAACUUAACCCGGUAGCCACUAAAGACCCUGGGAAACACGAGAAGACUGUUACAACGAAAAGAAAGAACGUAUUAGCAGUAUCUAAUCAACGAAAGGGUGAUAUUUCUUUACCCGCCCAGGGGAGUAUUAGAGUGCACCGAUCUUCACUAGAUACGUUAGGAUUUACGAAAGCGGAUGGGCGCAGAUUCUCUGGAUUGUCUAUUGUAUCUUCAUCUGGGGUUAGGUGUCGUAGGGAGGGUGGCCCGGGCGUGGUGGCCCCUGUGGGGAUUAGGAAAGCCUCAAUUGGCCCAAAUGAGGAAGAACCACACCCUAAUACCGAGUACGGACAAAAUGAUAUCACGGUUAGGCCAUCGGCACGAGGAUUCAGAGGACUCAAACCGAGUAUCAAAACUAUGGAUUCAAAUAACGACACUGUUCCAAGUUCUUCAUUUACUACCAGUACUCCACCAGCAACUCGAAAGAGUGAUAACGAGAUUUUAGCAUCGAUAAUUCGUAAUCCUCCUCGAUACUCCUUUCGAAGAGAAGUUGAAAGAAUUUCACUGGUUCUAGCAUUAGUGGCGUUUUACAGCUGCUCGUUCGAAGACUCAACCACACCGGGAUGUUUUCUGAAGCAGCUUGCCUUGAUAUCACGGAAAUAUAGAUAUGCUUCUACCCUUGCAUUUACAAACUUGGUAAAGUUGGAAUUCCGUGGCAAGAGGACACAAAAUUGGUUUAAAAACAAAGGGAUAGACGAAAAGGUGGCAGAUAUAAGGCCCUGGUACUGGCAUCGUGUUUCUGAAAGAGCAAGUAUUAUUGAGCGGGUUAGGACAUCGUGGAUGGAAAGAGUCUGGAGAUUUCUCGUGCUGGCGUCAGAAUCAAUAAAGCCGAGCAUAGUGGGGAGUUCCAAGCCUGUGAAAUUUGGGUUGUGGUUCAAUGGGAUAAAUAAACACUUGAUAACCGAUCCUGAUUUUAUCGGUCAGUUUGAAACUUCAAUAAGAUUCUGGAUCCGUCGGUUUUACGUAUGGGUAACUAGAAAUGGCGGUGGAUAUCCAUUACUACUGCAGGACCUGCGUGAUGAAAUGGUACAGGACAUCCAACCCCUCGUUGAGACCGAGAAUCAAGACCUGUGGAGGGUAGUAACAAGAUGUGGAGAUGUUCAUUUUAUCGUGGGAUUGACAGGUGAGGUUAUAGGACGAGUCGAGGUAGACGAAUCUAUGGAGAGUGGUUUAAACCCGGUGCUUAGGAGAGCCAGGACCAGAAUUGGCACAAUUAUUCGUUCAAGAACCAGAGCUUCUAGACUGUAUUCACAGAUAAACGAAAGAAAACGCACAAAUAUAGAUAAUUUUACCUGGAAGGAUCUUAGAGAAGAUUGGAAAGAGCAUGCUUUAACUCUGGUUUCGCCCUCAACUACUCCCGAAGAACUAAAUACCUCGUCAGGAAGGCUUAUAGAGUCCGUGUACCGGCCCGAUUCAAAGACAGUUUCAAACGGAAUCCAUGAGUCCAUAAAGCUCCCGCACCAUCGUGUUCUAGCCGAAAGAUGGGUUCUUGCCCAGGUUGAACCUGGUGGCAUAUCGGGAAAGCCUGUUCUCGAUACUAUUCACAGCCCCAUGCGUAGGAAAGAAAAGUUAGGUCUAGAUUUGCAAGCCAAGUUAAUAGUUGAAAGCGUUAGAUGCUCUGGCGAAAAAUGGAUCUCUAGCAUGAACGGCUAUUUGGCUCAAGGUGUGGGGUUCGUACAUACACCGGGUAUGGGAUGGUUUGUCUUAGAGGAGACAGGACAGAAUAUUGCACAGGAAGACUAUGGUAUACAAGGUCUAUGGGCUACUGUUCUUGGGGUGAAUGAGAACGGGAGUGCGUUGAGUGCGAAUGCUCUCGAGGGAUUGGCGGAAAUGUUCGUUAUGAAAGAUAUGUUGGACUAUAUGUAG